AUAGGUAUUAAAUGUCAAAUUUAAAUUUUUGUAUUAUAUUUAUUAUAUAUAUUUUUAAAUAUUAUUUAUAGUUAGCACCGAAGAUGGUCGUCGCGAAUGUAGACGAUGUCCUGAAUGAGAUUGGUUUCGGUUGCAUGCAAGCGCUGAUGGUAUUUACCUGCAGUCUGACUUGCGUUUUUCUUAGCAACGAAAUCAUGGGCGUGGGCCUGGUCGCCGUUGAGAUAGCCUGUGAGUUUUCGCUGAGUAAUAAGCAGCUCUCGUUGCUGUCUAGUGCCGCUUUUGCGGGCCUUAUUCUGACAUCACACUAUUCGGGCUAUUUGACGGAUAAGAUUGGACGGCGUAAAAUAAUGAUAUAUUCCAUGGUCUUGGCCAUGGCAUCAUCGAUCAUUUCAAUAUUAAUGCCAAGUUUCUACUUUUUUCUAUUUUGGAGAUUUAUGACGGGCCUAUUAAUCUCUGGUGUCAGCGUCAACAAUAUAACAUAUGUAUCGGAAUUUACCAAAGUCAAAUUGCAGUCUGUUGUUGUCAACAUUAUGUGUUUCGCUUUUGCUUUCGGUGCCAUUUAUGUGCCAGUUGUGGCCCAUUUUCUGAGCCCGCUCAGUCGCAUACUUUUUAGCUGGGGUAACUUUCAUCUGCGUGCUUGGCGUCUGAAUAUGCUGCUGAAUUCAACUCCUGGAUUUAUAGCGAUUAUCCUCAUGUGGAUUCUACCCGAGACAGCGAAAUUUUUACUAUCCGUAGGGAAAGAGGAUCGCGCCUACGAGACUCUCAAUCGCCUUUGUUUAAAGAAUCGAGGAAAGGAUUUGCAAAGCCUGGGCAUUACCGGCGUGUUUCAAGCAGAUUUGCCCGAAAGCUCAGCAAAAAAACGAAAUUUCUUCGAAAGUUUAUGGUACGAUACGGUGCCAUUAUUUAAGCCGCCCUAUUUGCGCAACUUUCUGAUCUGUACCGUCAUUCUGUCCGGCUAUUUCUUUGUGGGCAAUGGGAUCGCGCUAUGGUUCAUGAAGCUACGUCAAAUCAUGUCUGAUUCUAAUAUGAUUGCCUGCGACAUGAUAAAGUAUACGAAAACCACGCAUUCCUCCUCGAUGUGCUCACAAAAGACAUCCAACUUUAUCGACGGCAUAGUCCUGGGUUGCGUCUUCCUUGCUUGUUGCAUUUUAAUAAGCCUUCUGCUGAUUUGCGUGCGCAACUCUUACAUUCAGUUAUUGUAUGCAAUAGUCGCAACAAUAUGUGGAUUUAGCCUAAAUUUUCUGAAGCUUCAGCUGCCCAUCCUAAUCGCGAUGGUGCUGUUCAGUUCGCUGCUAGCCAGCAGCAUUCCACUGAUCUCAUCGGUUUUAUGCGCUGUGGUGCCCACGCAUUUGAGGGGCAUGGCUAUCAAUAUGAGCUACUUGUUCGCGCGCUUAUCGGUCGUUAUUGCCAGCGCUAUAAUUGGCAGCUGCAUGGUCCCUUACUGUUUGGUAACCUUCAAUAUCUUUGUGCUAUUUACAUUGGCGGUGGCGAUUUUCACGUGCUUCCUGCCGAAGAUAUGAAGAAGGGUCAAGGAGAGCGUGACUGACAAAAUCUCAUUCCACUGAAACUUAGCAUGGUGCUUGUCUCUGUGCUGGUCAUUUUUACGUUGUUCCUGCCAAAAUGCUUAUGGACGGCCAAUGAGUGCCACUUAAACUUAUCAUGGUACUUGUCUCUGUACUGGUGAUUUUUAUGUGGUUCUUGCAAAAUUAUUAAGGACGGCCAAUGAGUGCGCCACUGAAACUUAGCAUGGUGCUUGUCUCUGGUAGGUCGCAUUGAAAGGUAAUUGCUAUAGCAUGAAGUAGUUAAUGACUGUAUUCGAAUUUCGAACAUGUGUCUAAGAAUUAUCAAAUUGAACGUAUUUUUGAUUGCAAAUCUAGUUAUUACAGAUCUAGUUAAUGCUUUCCCAAAUAGUCAAAUUACCAGAAAUUGCAUUAAGAUUAACCCAAUUACUAAUUUCUACGUUUAUAAAAAAAACACAGCGCUGUUCAAAUAAAUAUUGUAUGUUUAUUGAAACUCAA